AUGUCUGCGGAACAUAACGUGACCAAGGUUCUGCUGGAAUGGAUCAACAGCUUCUCCCUGGGCAAAACACUUCGCGCCCCGGAGGAAUUGACUGACGGUAUAAUCCUAUGGGAGAUCCUCCAAGAUAUUGACCCGCAAUACUUCCUCGACGAAAUCCCCGAGCGCAACCCCGACAACCACUGGGUGGCCAAAUGGCAGAACCUCAAACACAUUCAUAAGCUCCUGUUAAGCUAUAUUCGACACCAGAAUGAUGAGUCGCUUCCGUCCGGUCUCGAUCCAUCCCCAGAUCUCGAAGCCAUCGCGGAGAAAGCCUCUUCAAAAGAGACGAAUAAAUUACUGAAACUCCUGCUAAUCGCGGCUAUCAGUUCGCCCAACGCGGAGACAUACGUGCAGACCCUCCAGGAAUUGACCACUUCGACCCAGCAGGGUCUCAAGGAUAUCAUCGAGGAGGCACAUAACGGACAGUACGAGCCCCUACACGCAGCAGACGAACUCCGGGAAGAUCUAGCGAAGCGAGACCACCCGGUGGAUCUAGAGCUGCAAUUCGAGGAGCGGGUCGGGAAAGUGCUUGCGGAGAACGAUCGUCUAUCGCACGAGAAGAAAGAGCUGGAGAAGGCACUGGAGGACCUACAUAAUCGGCUGGCACGCUUGCAGGAAAACAACGAUACUCUUCAGAACCGACUCGCCUCCACCGAAGAUCGCCUGGUGACCUUGAAGUCCGGAAAGGGUGAUCUGGGUUUCAAUGCCAAGGCAUUGGAGAGCAAGACUCGACAACAAGAUGAUCUCAUCGCAUCCCAAGAGGCGAAACUUACCGCUGCCCAAGAUGAAGUCGAUAGCCUCCGCAUGAGCGUUGAGUCAUUGAAGGUCAAGAACCAGCGGUACCAAAAGUUACAGGAUGAUUAUGAUGAACUCCGGACGGACCGAGAUCAAUUAGCGCGGAAGGCAAAUGCGGCCGAGAAAUACCGCCAGAAGCUGCAGGCUAGCCAGGACUUUGAGAAAGAGAACCAGACUUUGAGGAAUCAGAUCAAAGAUCUCCAGCAGCAGCUGAAGGAGUCCGACUCGCAGCAACGAUGGACCUCGGAACACGACGUUGAGCUGGAAGAAUACCGCAAACUCCUUCCCCGCAUUGAGCAGGAAUGCAAUGAAAUUCAAAACCUCAAAAAGCAACUUGAAUUUAACAACCAUGCGCUCACUGAACGACUCGAGAGUGCGGAUGAACAACAUGAAAGAGACGAUGCCUUGAUCAGUGAACUACGGGAACGCCUCCGAGAGUUGGAGGGUCUGCCCAGCAGUCCUUCACCAGGUUCUGAGACACCUAAGAUGCAAGGCACAUUAUCGAAGGAUUUUGAAUCCAUGAGCAUGAAAGAUUCUCACCUUAAAUCCGACAACGACGAUCUAAAGCGAGAAGCGGAUUCAGUCAAGGAACAAUCUGCCCCUGGAUCCCAUACAGAGGGCUUUUCAGAGAAUUUCAAUGCAUCGGUGCAAAUCGCUCGCUCCAACUCCACACAAAGUGAGGAAUACUGGAAACUAUACGAAACUUAUACUGGGACCUUGAAAAGACUUGCGGAGAUUCAAGAUAGCCUGGAAAGCACUAAAAAGGACCUUUCCGACGCACAGAACCAGAUUGGUUUUGUCGAACUCGAAAAAGCUGAUAUGUUCCGUGAACUUGAAGAGCACAGCUCCGCUGAGUUGGCCAAGCUCCGUGGCGACUGGGGUAAUCUCACCCAAAAUCUACACCAUCUCGAGGCGGAAGUGGACGCAAGCCAAACAUUGGUUCGCGAAGUCUGCGCCGAACGAGAGGAGUUGCGUAAAAUGCUUGACAACAAGCAGAACGAGAUCAGCGUUGAGGACCAGGAAGUCAUGAAUGAGAUGCAGAUGCUGUUGGGUGAAUUUGAAAUCCAUAACAGCGAAGGUGGUGAAAUUCCUCAGAAAUCAAGCUUCGAGCUGCUAAAGCAGUGCGCCGGGGUCUUGGAGAAGAAUGUUGAGCGUCUCGCUCAGCGUGCAGAGUAUAUUCAGCAACAGAACGAACUCAUCAAGUCACUUCGAGAGAGUAUGAAGAACUACGAGGAGAAUUUGGACGAUGGUAUUCCCAAGGAACGUGAAAUUGAAUUGCAGAAAACCAUCGAUGAUCAAGCCAGAGAGCUCAGCCUUGUGAGCUCGGCCUGGUACCAUCUUCAGACUCGGUGGCAGAAUAACAACAUGACCAUCUCACGCUAUCGACAAGGUGCGAGUAUGACAGACCCACGAGGUUGGUUGGCCAAGCAAAGAAGCGCAGUUGCUGGUCAAUAA